AUGGGGUAUUCUACAGAAAAUUCAGGAACUAAUAAUAAUGGUUUUAGUUAUUCAAAUUGGGUAAUACCUAUAAGAGCUCCUCUUAAGCCCAUCAACACCACCACCACCACCGGAUCAACGGCCGCCGAAGACGAGAGAGAAACAACACCAUCAUUGUCAGUCCCCACAACUCCAACAACAGAAGCUUCUAAAAUUCCUUCUAAGUUGCCGUGCCCGCCGCCGCCUCGAAAGCGGAAGCCUUCUCCUACGGCUGCGGCUAGGAACGGCAAUAUGAGGUGUAGUAAUAGUAAUAGUAAUAGUAAUAAUAAUAAGAUGUGUAAUAAUGGUAGAAGGGAGUUCUUUAUUACUCCUCCUGAUUUAGAAGCUGUUUUCGUACGCCGACAUAAUGUUGGCUGUUAA